ACAAUAAAUGUCACUCCUUUACUACUACCAUUAAGAUAACAAACAGAGAAGGAAAUUAAAUUAAAUUAAAUUGAAGAUCGGAGAAUGAAAUAGAGAUUAGAGAGCUCCCUUUUUCCCCCUCAUUUCUCCUCCAUUUUCCUCAAGCUAAUUUCCUUCCAAUGGAACUUGAUAAACAAGAGCUUUCUUUUCACCCAAUUUUUGCGCCUAAUAACAAUAGCCUCAAACCAGAAUUAGAUGAUGAUUUUUGCAUAGACUCAAAAAAUUAUCUUCAAUAUUUUCAGCACCUUGAUCUUAACUUUUCUCUUUCAGGAGGAGUACUACCUAACUAUACCUUCAACAACAGUACUGGAAAUUUUAUGAUUGAUACCAAUGGUUAUGACCCCUUUGAUCCAUUCUCCAAUGAGGAUAAUUUUUCUUCAUUAGAAGAUUUUAACUUAAGUUAUGAGCUUAAGCCAUUUGAUCAAGAAAAUGGAGAGAGUGGUAACACAAUCAAGGAGAAUACUAUGGAUGUUAGUUACACGUACAAUGAGAGCUAUUUUAAUUCCUUGAGUUGUGAAGAUGCGAAGCCUUUGAAUUUUGUUGUGCCUGAUGAAAGUUCAUCAUGUGUCACUAAUGGUUCUAAUUGCAAAUUAGAAAUUGGUGAAAGAAGAAAGAAUAAGAAGGUGAAAAGAAAUGAAAGAAGCUUAUUAUCUUCAUCAAUGAAAAAACUAGGUAGGUAGAGGGAGGAAGAAAAAGUCUAAAUCCGCCAAAGGACAAUGGACGAUUGAAGAAGACAGGUUUUUGAUCCAUUUGGUAGAGAAGUUUGGAGUUAGAAAAUGGUCUCAAAUUGCACAAAUGCUCAAAGGGAGGAUAGGCAAGCAAAGUAGGGAGAGGUGGCACAACCAUCUCAGACCUGAUAUAAAAAAGGAUUUGUGGACAGAGGAAGAAGACAGGAUCCUAAUAGAAGCUCAUGCCGAAGUGGGAAACAAAUGGGCAGAAAUUGCAAAAAGACUACGUGGAAGAACUGAGAAUUCCAUUAAGAAUCAUUGGAAUGCAACAAAAAGAAGGCAAUUUUCAAGACGAAAAUGUCGUACCAAAUGGCCAAAGCCUAGUUCUCUCCUCCAGAAUUACAUCAAAAGCUUGAAUUUGGAAAAGGGAAACAGCAAAAAAAAAUCUCAAACUAGCAAUGCCACAAACUCUACUGCCAAAGUAGAAACCAUUGAGUUUUGCCAAGGGAAUAUUGAGCAAGUUCGUGAAUAUUGUGAUUUCAGUGAAGUCCCAGAAUUUGCAUUGGAUGAUAUAUUUUUUGAAGAGAAUAGAAUGAAUUCUUUUAUGGAAGAUAUAUAUUCAUGUUGGUCCACCUUCCAUUAUGGAGAAAUGCAUGGGUUUGGAGAUUAUUCCUUAUGAACUGCCUACAUUCAUGCAAGGUGAUCAAGUCAAUAAUAAGGAGAUUGACUGAUGGAAAUGAUUUCUAGAGUUAAUCCAUAGAUAUUAAUUCCUCAAGAAAUAUAUAGAGGUGUUUGUGGUCAAGAAACAUGUGGUCGUGUUGAAUUGUUAAGUAUAACAAGAAUAAGUAUUAGUUAAAUAUUACUAGUAGUAAUGUUCUCUCGAGUUAUUUUGAGCUAAUUGUACCAAAUUUAUGUAGUGAAAGAUUUGGUCUAGUGUAAGUAAUACGAUGUGUGUUUCUUUGGUUAGACCAUGCACAAAGGUGGUAGGUUGUAUAUCAAUGUGU